AUGAAGCUCCUAGUUUGGAAUAGCCGAGGCAGUGCCUGGCGUGGUUUCGUUUUGCAAGCUCUCUUUUAUAUUAGUACGCUAUGUUUAGACCUCUUUUGUAUUUUGGACUCUAGGGCCUCUCGGGCUCAGGCAGAUCGCUUGGCUCAGAGGUUAGGUUUCAAUAACAGUGUCCCCGCCAUUGGGCAAUGUGGGGGAAUUAUCUUGCUGUGGAACCCUUCUAUCUUAAAUAUUAAUAUUUUGAAUUAUCACGAGCGUUACAUUAACUGCAGGAUUCAGGAGUUAGCUACCAAUAAGGUGUGGUUAACUACUUUCGUUUAUGCCUACCCUCAGAAAACCAAACAAAUUUCUCUUUGGACAGAGCUUUCUGCCCUAAAGCCUUUGAAUCAUGCCCCUUGGCUACUUCUAGGGGAUUUCAACAAUAUCUGCUCUUUAAAUGAAAAAAUAGGUGGCUCUCAGGUGGUUUCCCAAGCCAUGAUGAACUUUAAUAAGUUUUUAAAUGACUGUGAGGUUCUGUCCAUGAACGCUUCAGGUGUGCCUUUUACUUGGUGCAAUGGGCAUCAUGAUAACUCUAUUAUUUACGAAAGAUUAGAUCGUGCCCUUGCUAACCCAAAUUGGAUGAGUCUUUAUCCUCAUUGUGAGCUACAAAAUCUGCCUAUUUUAAGAUCAGACCAUGGCCCAAUUCUUCUUACUUGUAGUAACCACCUUAGAAGAGUUCCAGAAGCCUUUAGAUUUGAAGCCAUGUGGUUAGCGCAUAAAGAUUUUGACAAAGUUGUUACUCAAACCUGGAAUAAUAAUUAUAGUGGAAAUGCAGCUCAGAAAAUCCAAACCUGCUGUAAUACCUUUAAACAUCAGCUGAAGUCUUGGAAUAGAAAUGUGUUUGGAGACUUAUUCCAAAAGAUUAAAACUGCCCAAGAAACUCUACAGUCAACUCAAGAGCAAUUGGCCCAAAACCCCUACAGCCCUUAUCUGCUAGAUAAAGACUCCAAAUUAAACACUGAGUUAAAGCUUCUACUAGAGCAAGAAGAGACUUUUUAUGCCAGAAAAUGCCCUUGGUUCAAAGCUGAUCAGGCCCCAAACCAGCAUUCGGUGACUGAUUUCCUCCAAAUAGUUGAGCCUUGUGUCACUAACCAAGACAAUGUUAACCUUUUGGCUCCAGUUUCAGAUCUUGAACUGGAGCAUUCCAUUAAAGGCAUUGGUCCUCUUAAAGCCCCUGGCCCAGAUGGGUUGCAAGCUAUCUUCUAUCACAAAUGCUGGGAAAACACUAAGCAAAUGGUCAAAAAUUUAGUCAAUGAUUUUCCAACCAAUAAUAUCCCUCUACAAGAUGUGAAUCACACCAACAUAGCUCUAAUUCCUAAAGUUGACUCCCUGGAGACUGUUAAUCACUAUAGACCUAUCAGCUUGUGUAAUGUCUCUUAUAAGGUCAUCACUAAGAUCCUAGUCAAUCGUCUAAAACCUAUUCUUUCAAACUGUAUUUCCAAAAACCAAGGAGCCUUUGCCCCUGGAAGAUCUAUUUUCGAUAACAUUCUCAUUGCUCAUGAGUUAUUCCAUGAUUUCAAACGUAAGAAAGGUGCUAGGGGAGCUAUGGCUAUUAAACUUGACCUUGAGAAGGCCUAUGACCUUCUUGACUGGGGUUACAUAAGGGACUACUGCUACUGCCGUCAGAAAUAUCAACUGCUUAUUGGAGAACUUCUCUAA